AUGACCUGCAGCUUUCAAAGCGUGGCUAGCUAUUCCCACCAUCCUGGCACUGGAACCCUCCUUUGUCGUGGUACACUUACAAGUACUAUAGAAGGACAGCCACUGGCCGUUGCCCGAUUGGGCCCUUGCAUGAAGCUCUGCAAGGUAGACAUGCGGAUGUGGGAUUCACAGCCGCAGUUCCCGAAGGCCUUUGGAGGGUGGCAGCAGGGCCAGACACUGCUGCUGCUCCUCCAUGUCUAUCGAUUGCAUGAUCUAGGGACACCGCACCCUACAUCUUCGGUAAGGCAUGUCCUUCGAUCUUGCCACUGGGCUAGCCACUGA